AUGUGCUUGUCUAUACUAAUAGGGACCUCUGCCAGCACUAGAAAUAUUAAGAAGUACAAAUUUGAGUACAAGGAGACAAAGUACUUGGACUUUAUAAUACAGGCAGGGAAGGGAAUUAAAAUAGACCUAGAGAAGACUAAGGAGUGCCAGGAUAGCUUUGAUCUGCUUAAGGAAAAGUUUAUUACUAGACCUGUCCUAGCAACCUUCAACCUUUCCUACUAUAUAGUAGUAGAGACUGACUCCUCAGGUUAUAAUACAGGAGGAGUUCUUGCUUAA